AUGCGGGUUUUUACCACACUCUCUCUUGGUCUGGCGGCUUUCGCCCAUGCAAGCUCAGCUCUGGCACAUUCAUUCACGUACAAUACAACCAGUUUCCUCCUCAAUGGCGAACCUUUUCAAAUUAUCGGUGGCCAAAUGGAUCCCCAGCGUGUUCCAUGGCAAUAUUGGAAGCAACGUCUUGCAAUGGCAUGUGCAAUGGGCCUGAACACCAUAUUUGGCUACGUUUACUGGAACAAUAUCGAGGAUCAACCGGGCGUAUACCAUACCAACGGAAACAACGAUAUCUAUGCCUAUGCGCAGGAGGCACAUGAAGCCGGCUUGCAGGUUGUGCUCCGUGUUGGGCCUUAUAUUUGCGGCGAGCACGAGUGGGGAGGCUUCCCAGCCUGGCUAAACAACAUUGACAACAUGACGGUGCGCUCUAAAAACCCACAAUUCUUGGAUCGGACCCAGUCCUGGCUCAACUGGUUGGCCGACUGGCUGCGCCCCAUGAUGAUUAGCAAUGGCGGCCCCAUCAUCAUGGUGCAGAUUGAGAACGAAUACGGAUUCUAUAGCGACGAUCACUCAUAUACAGAUGCUCUUGCAGCACAGUUCAAGGCCAGCUUUGCUGGUAGUGGUGUUGUCGUUUAUACGAAUGACGGAAGUUCACAGAGCUCCUUACAGGCCGGUUCAAUCCCUGGUGUUCUUGCGGAGAUCGAUGGAACAACUCCAUUACCCAGUUUCCAAAGCCGAUCUUCUUAUCUUAACGUCAGCAGCCAGGGUCCCAACUUGGAUGGCGAGUACUAUAUUACCUGGAUUGAUAAGUGGGACCCAUACGCAGCGCAUGAAUCAGACGUCAACAAUACCCAAGCUAUUGAGAAUGCCCAAUCAAUACUCAAGAGCACUGUGACUAGUGGUGAUUCUUUUAGUAUCUAUAUGUUCAAUGGGGGUACAAACUUCGGGUUUCAAAGUGGCUCGGAUUUUGGCAAUGGAACUGAACCUGUUACUACCAGUUACGACUAUGGCGCUCCUCUCGACGAAUCAGGCCGACCCAAUGAUAUCUACUAUGCCCUUCGUCAGACGCUUGGCCCUUUCUCACGCCAUUUGCCUGAUGCUCCACACAUUGAGCCAAUGAUCUCAAUUCCACAGAUUGAUGUCGAGCCGUCUUUCUACCUAUUUGAUGGACUCCCUACUCCCCAACAUAUGAAUUCACCAACAAACAUGGAGGCACUUGGUCAAUGGUAUGGAUUCACGUUGUACCGGACCAAUGUAAACGAGUCCUAUAGUGGAUUGCUUCAACCAGGUGUCGCGGCUAAGGACCGAAUUAUCGUCUACGUCAAUGGUGUGCGGCAAGGCGUGUUUGACAGUCGGUACCCUAACAACGCACAACAAAAUUUAUCUGUCACCUUAAAUUCUGGCGAUGUCUUGGAUGUCCUAAACGAGAACAUGGGCCGUGUGAAUUUUGGCUCGGACAUUCCAUAUCAAACAAAGGGCAUCUUCGGUGAUGUGACUGUGGGAGGUAAUACCUUGACUGGCUGGGAUGUAUACACGCUUCCCUUGGAUAGGGGAAUGGCCGAACCAUCUCGCGCUAGUACACCGACCAACAUCUCGUCCUCAUCGAGCCCCAUAUUCUACACUGGAACUUUUGACCUCCACACCAUCAGCGAUACCUGGCUGGAACUUCCAGGAUGGACCAAGGGUGUGAUCUGGGUCAAUGGCAACAAUCUGGGUCGUUACUGGACGAUUGGGCCACAGCAAUCUUAUUAUCUGCCAGGUGUCUGGAUGCAAGAGAGAGAUAACGUCAUUCAGAUUCUCAAUUUGGAACCGACCGGACAGGAGGGUACCGUCAGUGGUGUAACUUGGCGCUCUUGGUUCAACAACCCUGAUCCUGAUGCUCCUCCGGGGGAGUAG